AUGAAGGGCAGGUAUAAAAGCCAGCCCGAGUCCCUGCUCUCUCAUCCACUGCUCUUGCCUCUUUCUCCUUGGGAACAGCCCCAAGACAUGUCCUGCUACAACCCGUGCCUGCCAUGCCGGCCCUGUGGCCCGACCCCACUGGCCAACAGCUGCAAUGAGCCCUGUGUCAGGCAGUGCCAGAACUCCACCGUCGUCAUCGAGCCCCCUCCCGUGGUGGUGACCCUGCCUGGACCCAUCCUCAGCUCCUUCCCGCAGAACACUGUUGUGGGAUCCUCCACCUCCGCUGCUGUUGGCAGCAUCCUCAGCUGUGAUGGAGUGCCCAUCACCUCUGGCUGCUGUGAUCUCUCUGGCAUUUCCAGACGCUACGGUGGCAGAAGGUGCCUCCUCUGAUACAUAUCCUGCGAAAGACCCAGGGAGACACCUCGAGGAACUCAGAACAUGCUAUUGGGCAGAAGAUUGACAUUUUGGAUGUGUUUGCA